UAGGGAGUAAAUUCCAGACUCAAUCAUUGCAGAUCAUGACGCGCUGGGUGCAUACCGCUGUGCGAGUUGGCUGUUGUUUUGUGGGCUUUGGCCUCGCAGGUUUAGGUGCCAGCUGCUUCGCAUCGCCCAUCUCUGCUGCGGAGUCUUAUGGCUUUCUGACGACCGAUGAAGAUACACUUCGAUGGGUUGUGGAAGUCCAUGUCGCGUGGAAGCGCACUCCUUCGGACGAUGUCCAGAGGUCGUUGGUGUUUUCCUUGAAGAGUGGCUACCUUGGCGCUGUUCUUCCUCUAUCCGCCCGCCAUUCGAGUCUUUGCGCCGUCAGCCAUGUUUGUGACGCUGGGGGAUGCCGCCAUGACGAUCGACCGUCCGUUCCCAGCGCCUUACCAACACCAUUUCGGCUCGCUGGUUUUGCUGGUGCUGUCGGUCUGUGCCUGGUUGGAUCCGCGCUUGGACAUGAGUGACCAGAAGUACCAGUGAGGGGUGCAAAGCCAGGCAUGGCGCUUCGAUGAUUCCUGUUCCUGCUAGUCCUGGUGCAUUGAUUCACCGAGUGCUGUCGGGUGCGUAGGGCAAUUUUUGAUUUUUGUUUGUACAGGAUCCCUGAGCCUAAAUCCACCCUCGCAUUCUUUUCCUAGAUUUCUGUAAACGAUGAAGCUGGCUCUUGUUUGGCUGGAUCUUGGCUGGGAAUCAAUUGGUCCAUGCAAAGUUUGCUUGGGCCGACUAUGAUGCAUUGUGAUGUAUUGCAAAGUGUUGUGGAAGCUCUCUGUUUAUGUCGGCUAGCAAUGGCUUGAGUAUAGACUGACUCUCCCACAACAAAAACUUUCACACCCUGCACAUAGGAGAGCAUCAUGUUUUG